AUGAGUGUUCUUUCUCAAACAUAUGACGAAGCUAUAGACACUUAUAACUCUGUUUUUAACAAAUCUACUUAAACUGGUGAGUCUUAAACAAAUUUAGAAGGUGAAUAAACUACUGGUAAAAGAUUACUUGCUUAAAAAAGUUCUAAUCUAUCUCAACAUAUUUAAAAACCUAUCUUCAGAAAAAAUGUUGCUUCAUUUGAGUUUGAUGCUGACCUAAGAUCUGAGUUUAAUGAUUCAGGACUUGUUAGUAAAGAAGAUAUUUGCUCAGUUGGCAUUUACAGCUUCUUUAAUGGUGCUUCUUCUAAGAUUGUAGAGAGAUAAACCAGAGCAAACAUAUCUAAAAUUCUGAAAUUCUAUCAGUAUGUACAAGAAUCAAAAAUAGUCUCAAUAAAUUAAUAGAUGAUUUCGAAACUGUUAUUACUGUAGAAAAAAAUCCUCUCUUGA